GGUCCUCCCAGCUCCUCCUCCACUGGCUCACGUUACACUCCAUAAACUUGCCACUCUUUCCCACCUAAGCGUUUAAAAGGGAGGAGGGAGUGCUUGUCAAGGAAUGCCUCAGAGCUGUGAAAACAGGCAGCCCCGAGCGAAAGAGCAGAGAGUGUGGAUGUGAGUGGAGAGAGAGAGAGAGGGAAAGAGAGAGAGAGAGAGAGAGAGAGUUAAAAUCUAACGCCACAGACUGUGUGUGAGGGAGGGUGUGUGUGCAUGUGUGUGCGGGUCUGGGUCUGAGAGAGGGAGAGAGAGAGGGAGAAAAGACCAGGGAAGCCGCCUCACACGUCACACCUCAGAGAGGGAGAGAGAGGGAAGGACUGAGAGAGAGAGAGAGAGAGAGAGACAGAGUUACACCACAACUGGAGAGUGUGUGCUCAUACACUCCCCUCUCUCAGGCAAACCUUCAGACUUCAGAGUCUUAGUCAGACACAGACAGAGAGAGGAAUAGAGUGGGGGAGAGGAGGAGAAAAGAAAGUCAGAAAGAAAAGAGAGAGAGAGAGAAAGUGAUAUUUCCACAGGUGGACGCAAGCUUGCCCAGUGAUGUGCGUUUAAAAACCCGAUAAGGCGAAGCGGAUACUCCCAGCGCUGCAUUACCUCAGCGUCGGCACCGAGCAGCUGAUCUCCUGCACGCCGCACGCCGACUCUCUCUCUCACACACAAUCCUCCUGCACAGAGCGCCCGGCUUUGCUUGCACUGCUUGCUCUUGCGUGCGAGCGCAUGUGUGUGCGAAAGGGUCACUUUUUCCUUGUGCACCCCAGCGUUUGGUCCGCCUGAGCCUGCGUACGAAAGAAGAACCUGUCCAGUUCUUUUUUUUUUUCCCCCAACGAACACCACCAGCAGCAGCAGCAGCACCACCAGCUGAACAUGGAUCAGCCAGCCAGCAGCUGCAUGAGGAGCUCACACCCGGCCAACCCCAUCUGGGGCUGCGUGCGAAGCCCCCACUCAGGGGUCCCCACCGGCGGGCUCCAGCCCUACCAGCAGGCCCCCUUCGCUCUGCACCAGAAGCCCGACUUCCUGACCUCCUACACGGACUUCUCCAACGCCUGCCUGGUGCCGUCGCCGCACGCGUACCCGCGCGACGACAGACUCUACCCGGAGGCCCACGCCGCUGCCGCCGCCGCCGGUGGUGGCUACCAGUCCAGGCCCGAGUGGCAGUUCGGGCCCUGUGAGCCCAGGGGCCGCGGGCAGGAGCCGUGCGGCCAGGCGGCCACGGUGGGCGCCGGGGCCGGAGUGGCGGGAGGUCCAGAGAUGGACAGUGCGGGAGGGGAGAGGCUGCCCGGUGGAGGGCCUGUGAGCGGAGGCCUGGAGGGCGACUACUCGCCACAGAGCCUGGGAGUGGGAGAUACAGAGAAGAAGCACGCCAAGAAGAAGAGGGACAUCACAGAUAUUCAGGACUCCAGCUUCAAGGCCGACUCCAACUGCAAGGCCAGGAAGGAGCGCACGGCAUUCACGAAAGAGCAGCUGAGGGAACUGGAGGCCGAGUUCACCCACCACAACUACCUGACGCGUCUGCGCCGCUACGAGAUCGCCGUCAACCUCGACCUCACGGAGAGACAGGUGAAAGUGUGGUUCCAGAACAGGAGGAUGAAGUGGAAGAGAGUCAAAGGAGGACAGCCUGCCUCCCCCCAUGACCUGGAGGCCGAUGACCUUGACUCGGCUGCCUCGCCCAGCUCGGAGUGAAGCGGGCCUCCGUGACGCUUUUUUUACCACCCCCUGCCUCCCGCCCUCCUUUCUGGGCCACCAGAGACACCAAAACUCCCUGGCACGUUGGACUGACUGACUGGGAUGGCACGAUGGCCAUCAUGAACUCUUGUUCGAGUUUUUGUUUUCUUUUGUUGUUAACCCCCAGUGUGGGACCGCCCACAUGGACACUCUGGCCAGAGCCUUGGAACAGUCCAAGAUCCCCCCCCCCCAUCCCAUCCCCUCCCACCCCCCACCCGAUGUGGUCUGAUCUGAAAGUUCAUCCCUUUUUCUCUGGUCAGCGUAUCUCUGCGGAACUAUGAUUAGCCCACAGACUUGGGAAACGAGAGACUGCACCAUGCGAGUCACGGCUUUUGCGUCGUUAGCAUUCACAGACAUUUCUCAGUGAGCUCUUCUCGUCGUAACAGUGUGAACAGUGAUGGACACUGCUGCCCGGUUGUUGAGGCUUGCAGGCUUCCACUGCAGGCGUCUGGUUGUGGAGUCUGACCGCAACCACCUGCUAACGGCUCUGACCGAAAGAGGCUAUCUCAGGAUCCCAGCAGUAUUACUAAACCAAGAGUGCCUCAACCCCCUUUUCCCUUCUUGUUUGUCAGGUUCUUAGAGUAUACUUUUUGCGUUACUUUUGAACAAUGAUUUAGCAUAUAUUUUUGCCUCUUUUUAUUGUUUUUUUUUUUACAUUUGAUGAAAUGAUAAACAGAUGUUGGUAUUGAGAUCUGCAAAAAAAAGAAUAAAUUGUCAAAAAAUGAAA